UUUAAUGUGCUCCUCAUAGCAUUCUGAGGCGGGAAGUCAGUUCCGCAUAGCAGAACACAUUUUGCCCGACAGCUUUGCAAACCAUUACGUGUGAAGAAAACCCGUCAUACUCGUUAAUAUUGGAGUCGGUAUCCCUGCAGCGCAACCUCUAAUCAGGUGUUGAUGCAGAUUUUGGAAGGAAAGGGCCUGAAAGGCUGCUGAAGAUUACCAGUCAUCUAUGGAUUGUCUGGUGAUACCUCCUCACUUGUCAUUUUCAACAUGGAAAUAGACUGCAAUAGUCAACGGAGCCAGAAACUCAGUAAGACAGAGAAGAAGUUGCGGCAGAAGCAGAUGAAGGCCCGACAUACUCUACUGAAGCACGAGGGUAUUGAAUGUGUAUCAUACCCUACUGAGAGCCUGGUUGUUGCCAAUGGAGGUCUGGGUAAUGGUGUCAAUAGGCGCCAGCUGCUCUGCGUGGUGGAGGAAUGUGGGCCGGUGGAAGCUCUCUUAAUGCCGCCCAACAAGCCCUAUUCAUUUGUGAGAUAUGGAACCAUAGAAGAUUCCAAGCGCGCGUACGACUCCCUCAAUGGAAAAGAGAUACUGUCGGAGGACUGCAGCCAAAAUGUUGUUCUCUAUUUGAGCUUUGUGGGAAAAGUUUCUUGGGAGGACAUGGCACCUACAGCCUUGCCUCCAGGCCUGAGGGUAAUUGAAGAGUUGGUUUCUCCUGAGGAAGAGAGAGAACUUUUGGAAAGCAUUAAUUGGACAGAAGAUGAAGUCAUCUCAAAUGCUCAGAGGUCUUUAAAACACAGAAGGGUUAAACAUUUUGGAUAUGAGUUUCAGUACGAUAAUAACAACGUUGAUAGAGACAGACCAUUGCCUGGAGGUCUCCCAGAUAUCUGUAACACACUUCUUGCAAAGUGCCUGGAGAUGGGAUACAUUAAACAUAAACCUGAUCAACUGACUAUAAACCAAUAUGAGCCAGGUCAAGGGAUCCCUUCUCAUAUAGACACACAUUCAGCUUUUGAGGAUGAAAUAAUCUCACUCAGUUUAGGAGCUGAGAUUGUGAUGGAUUUUAAGCAUCCAGAUGGAUGUGCAGCUGCCAUUAUGUUGCCUCAACGUAGUUUGCUAGUGAUGACUGGAGAAUCCAGAUAUCUCUGGACCCAUGGCAUCACACCUAGGAAGUUUGAUGUUGUUCAAGCAUCCAAAGGACAAAACAUUGGAACAGUCACAGCUGACAUUGGAGAUUUAACCUUAAGCAAAAGGGGAAGAAGAACAUCGUUUACUUUCAGGAAAGUGAGGAGAAGCCCAUGCAAUUGCUCUUACCCUUCUGUAUGUGACAGUCAGCAUAAAGACACAGCACCCAUGUUCCCUGCCAAUGAGAGAGAAGCCUCAAUGCUAGAGGAAAAGUUUGUCCAUGAGGUUUAUGAAGAGAUUGCCAGGCAUUUCAGCAGCACCAGACAUAGCCCAUGGCCACGAGUAGUUGAAUUCCUGAGGGCUUUACCAUGUGGGGCUAUAGUGGCUGACGUCGGUUGUGGCAAUGGAAAGUAUUUAGGAGUCAGCCCGAACUUGUAUAUGUUUGGUUGUGAUCGUAGCAAGAACCUUGUGGAUAUCUGUGGAGUGAAAGGAUUUCAGGCAUUCGUGUGUGAUGUGCUUUCUGUGCCUAUACGAAGUGGUUCCUGUGAUGCAUGCAUCUCCAUUGCAGUGAUCCAUCAUUUUUCAACAGCAGAGAGGAGACUGGCAAGUCUUCGUGAGUUAGUUCGGCUGCUGAGGCCAGGUGGAAAGGCACUCGUUUACGUCUGGGCUAUGGAGCAGGAAUACAACAAACAGAAAUCUAAGUACCUGAAAGAAAAAAGAGCUUGCAAAGGCAAAGUGGAAGAAAUCGACACCAGUGCCAUGAAGGCAGCUGAUGACAAUGACUGCCAAGGUUCAGUGGACCCAAAUGAGGAUGUCAGUCAGUAUAAGGGCAGAUGCUGCAAUGUAACGCAAGUGGCUCAUUCCAAUUUGCCUGUUCAUACCAAUAGAACUUCCUUUGACUCCCAAGACUUGCUGGUCCCUUGGCAUCUGAAAGAUGGCACAAAGCAGAAAGCAGGGCACGCCAACUCACAUCUGGCCAGCCCUGCAGACUCACAUACGCUUAGUCCCGUUUUUCACCGUUAUUAUCAUGUCUUCUGUGAAGGAGAACUGGAACAGGCCUGCAAAGCCUUGGAUGGCAUCAAAGUGCAAAAGAGUUACUACGAUCAAGGAAACUGGUGUGUGGUUCUUGAAAAGCUGUAAUGCGUUAAAACUAUCUUGUGGGCAACUGGAAUGAUAAAGGAGUGUUUUCAACAUAAAUAUUUAUUUGCCAUGGUGUUUCUAAAAUGGGUAUUUCAAUGGCUUCUUGCUUUUAGUCUUGCUUUGACAUUUAUGAGAAUAAAUGAGGUUGGAUGUAUAUCCCAUGCCUUCAAGGUCCCAGCAAAGGUUUACUAGUACUACUGAUAUUUAUAUACCGCUCUUCAACAAAAUUCUCGAAGCGGCUUACAUAGAAAAAAUAGUUAGUUAUACCUGGUCCUCCUUCUCACCAAGUAAGUAACCAAUGCAGCUGCUGCUUUUCUAACCAGGCUCAGCACAUGCAGCUCUGGCAGCUGCACUGAGUAUACAGCUGGGCUGGUGACUAAAUGCAGAAUCUAUAACCUCUGUCAACAAGCAUAUCCAACUGCAAGGCCAGAUGUUGAAGGUAGAAGAAAUGAGCCUAAACCUUAUCUAGGCAGCCUACAGCAAAAUAUUGCCUUGGAACUAGAAUUUGGAAUUUCACUUGUGUGAAGCAACGUGGUAUAGGGAACAGCUCAUGAAUAUACAUGGAAAGAAGAAUUCCAAGGAAUCAGAGCUGGGUGAGGAGCUUUUAUACAGAGCUGUUGUACCAGCACUGAGCCGCUAGGGACUGCUGGUUUGAUAGUGGAUCUGAUGACGCUGCUGCUUCCUGAAUCUUCUCCGGACCCUGAUCUGGUGCAUGUGUGGGACUUGCCUUCACCUCCUCCCAAGUUGGUCAGAUGAAUAGGAGGCCUCAGACGGCCAAAUGGGCACUGCUUUGCCCAAGCCUGAGCUUACAUCAUUGCUACUAUACCUGUCAGGGCUUAGCCAAAUGCAUGGAAGGCAAGUCCAUGAAUGGUCCUGAUGGCUAUUGACUACCUACAUGCUUAGAAGCAGGAUGCCUCUGAAUAGCAGUUGCAGGGGAGCAAUGCAGGAGAGGGGGCAUGCCUUCAUCUCCUGGUUGUGUGGCUUCCCAUCUGGUGGGCCACUAUGGGAAACUGGGUGCUGGUCUAGAUAGGCCUUGGGCCUGAUGUAGCAAGGCUACUCCUAUGUUCUAGGCCUUGGAGUGAGGGCCCCUGUCAGUUGGAGCCUCCUUGGGUAGAGUUUCAUCUGGAGGUGAGACCUCAGUCUGCCCUUCAGGGGCCAAGGAGCCUCCAGGGCCCCCAUAGGAUCCUGCUGUUCCUCCUCUUCAGAGGAGGUCUCCUCAGGUCAGAUGUCCAAGUACUAGCAGGCCCUGACAGCAGCAGGGCUUCUCAGUGGAUUUAUAAGGUUCAGUUGAAAUACAUGUAACAUUUUAUACUUGUUUUAUCUAUGGUAACUUAUAUCCUAUCUUUCUGUAAAUACUGCAUUGAAGCCAGCUUGCAAUAAACCAACAUGCAACGUAUUAUAAAACAUCA